CAGUGACACUAAUACAGGUUUUAAUCCAUGAAGCUGCUCUUCCGUUAUUUUGUUUAUUUGAUUAUUAACAACAAAAUGGCAUUAUUGGUGCUGUGAUUUUUGCCUUUAACUAUUCCAUUUUUGAUCUGUUUUAUGAAUUGCGUAUCUAAUUUCCUAAUAAGAAAUGGAAGGGAGCUACAUUGAAAGAUACUCUUUUAUUGGAGAAUGGUACGAUAACCAAGCCAGCCUUGUUCGCCGGUUCAAUGUAUUUUAUUAUCCUACUGACGAAACGUUAGAAAUGUUUGACAUAAAAAAUCGGAAGACUUUUGUGAGGAGAGUAAAAGUUAAUGGAAUCAACCUGCAAAGCUUUUACAUUGGUUGUACUCUUUAUAUAUUGGGCCGCCUUAUAAAAAUUGUAGAUUUUGCUUGUGAAAAUACUAAAAUGAAAUUGCAGAGGGAAAUGCAGCUGACAUUUGCAGUAAUUAAACCAAUCCCUACUACAGUAGUUGGCAAAAUAUUGUCUCACUUUCAUGAACAUGGGCUCCGUGUAUCUAAGAUGAAGAAAGCACGGCUAAGAUCUGAAGAUGUUGAAUUUUUAUAUCGCCAUCAACUUUCGGAUCCUACUUUUCCGUUUUUGCUAGAUCACCUUACAAACCAACUAGUUUUUGGAUUGGAGCUUGUUGGAAGAGAUGCACAUGCUAGAUGCUUGGAACUGUUGGGACACCAAGAUCCACUAAAAGCUGCAACUGGCACUAUAAGAGCUCUCUAUGGAUCUGAUCCUGUUAGAAACUGUGUUCAUACAUCAGCGAGUUCUCAGGAUGCCAUAGUUGAUAUUGACUACUUCUUCCCUCCACCGCCAAUGCGAUCAGUGCGACUGAGACUGACUGCAACCUUAUCUAACUGCACUCUUUGCAUAGUCAAGCCACAUGCAGUUCGUGAGGGUAAGCUUGGACUAGCUCUGGAAGCUAUUGAUGAAGGAGGGUUUGAUGUAACAGCUCUCAACAUGGUCAUAGUGGAGAAUAUCAAUGCGGCGGAGUUCUAUGAAGUGUAUAAGGGAAUUGUACCAGAAUACAAGGGUAUGGUGGAAGAACUUUCGAGUGGGCCUUGUGUAGCAAUGGAAAUAGUGUCCAAAGACAAAACUGUCAAUACUGCUGUUGAGUUCAGAAAGCUGGUAGGACCAGCCGAUCCGGAAGUAGCCAGAUUGUUGCGUCCUUAUACGUUGAGGGCGAAGCUUGGGAAUACUAAAGUCCAGAACGCGAUCCACUGCAGUGAUCUAGCUGAAGACGGAUUACUCGAAGUAGAAUACUUCUUCAAGAUAUUAGAUUUGUAAUAAGGCUGAUGUUUGCCUGGUUUCUGUUUGUUUACUUAACGUGAAUUAAUGUGUGAUUGAGUGAAAUGUUUAUGCAUUUGUGAAACAUAUAUGUAUGUAGUAAUUUGCACCUUAAUGCACAGAUAGAGCACGUUAAUUGAGAAAUUAUUGUGUGAAUUAAUAUGUUGUAGGCUAUUCUGAGUUGUUAGUAUCAUACUGUGCCUCGAAUCUCUAAAGACUACAUUGAAAGACGUUUAAAAUUAAUACGACUAUAAAAAAUGAAUCUAACAUACCUACUUGCAAUAAAACUACCUAGGACAUGUAAAAUGAUAACAUAGAUUUACUCAUCAUUUUAUUUUUUUGCUUAUGAUUUCACCAUGUUGAGUUUAAAAUAACACAACUUGAUGAUAGAAGUGGGAUGUGGGAAUGAAAUGAAAUGAAACGGGAAUGAAAUAUUUCAACAGUAUUUUAUAAAUCCGAGAGACUUUGCGAUAUCAUUUAAAUAAAAAGUAUGUAAUUCAUCCUGCAAUAAUUUGCCAAAGAUAUAGAAAAAUCUAGAAUUUUUAUGUGUUACUGCUCAAAGAUUUCGAUACAUAUGCUAUAUUCCUCUCACUUUCAAGUUUGUAAUCCUACAACGCAACCCUACGACCUCGUUACAUUCAAUCGAGAUGUUAGAUAUUAUACAAUCACGAGUGUGCCACUGGGAGUGCACGGCAAGUACUCAUGUUAUAAAUAAUAAGUAUUAUUUUAUUAUUACAUAUUUCUUGUGUAUGUCUAUUGUCAAUACUCACUUAUGAUACGCUUAUAUGUGCAUUUCUUUAUUUUAUUGUCUUAUUCCGUUUACGGGUGUGCAGUAGUUCUUGGCUAGUAACGAGAUGUUCUGGCGGGUGUGUGCUCCACCAUUGAGUGUUUCAUUGCCAUAUUCGUCGGAACAAUUCGAUAAACAAGACUGAUAACAAUAAGUGG